GCUCCAAGGGGCCCUCAUUUGCGUUGUGGUCCCCACCAAUACCCGUCUUCGCGCGCCCCUUUCCUUGGUGGAACCGUUUUUGCAAACCCCGGAGCUCUGCUACUGCCCAUUCCCGGCCACAGGAAGGAAAGAAGGAAGAUCGCCAGAGUGCCCAAUUUCUUGUGGGGGAAGUUAGGGAUGACUUGGAAUAGAAAAACUUGGUUCCAGUUUUCCAGAGCUAUGGGGACUUCCCAUCUGGCAGUCCUGGUCCUAGGCUCUCUCCUUGCAGGGCCGAGCCUAAUUUUCUGCCAGCUUUCAUUACCCUCUAUCCUCCCAAAUGAAAAUGAAAAGGUUGUGCAGCUGAAUUCAUCCUUUUCUCUGAGAUGCUCUGGGGAGAGUGAAGUGUCCUGGCUGUACCCCAUAUCUGAGGACAAGAAGGCCAAUGUGACAAUCAGAAAUGAGGAGAACAACAGCGGCCUUUUUGUGAAAGUGCUAGAAGUGGCCAACGCCUCGGCGGCUCACACGGGGUUGUACACUUGCUAUUACAACCAUACACAGACAGAGGAAAAUGAGAUUGAAGGCAGUCACAUUUACAUCUACGUGCCAGACCCAGAUGUAGCCUUCGUACCUCUAGGAAUGACAGAUUAUUUAGUCAUCGUGGAGAACGAUGAUUUUGCCAUCAUACCUUGUCGCACAACUGAUCCUCAGACGCCAGUAACCUUACUCAACAGGGAUGAGGUGGUGCUCGCCGCCUAUGACAGCAGACAGGGCUUUAAUGGAAGCUUCACUGGUGGGCCCUAUAUCUGCGAGGCCAUUGUCAGAGGGAAGAAGUUCCACACCAUUCCAUUUAACAUUUAUGCUUUAAAAGCAACCUCAGAACUUGAUCUAGAAUUGGAUGCUCCUAAAACUGUAUACAAGUCAGGGGAAACCAUUGUGCUCACGUGCAUCGUCUUUAACAACGAGGUGGUGGACUUUCAGUGGACCUACCCUGGAGAAGUGAAAAGCAAAGGCGGCGUAAUGCUGGAGGAAAUCAAGGACCCGUCCCUCAAAUUGGUGUACACUCUGAUGGUCCCCGAGGCCACGGUGAAAGACAGUGGUGAUUAUGAAUGUGUUGCCCGCCAGGCCACCAGCGAGGUCAAAGAAAUGAAGAAAGUCACCAUUUCUGUCCAUGAGAAAGGGUUCAUUGAAAUCAAACCCUACUUCAGCCAGUUGGAAGCUGUCAACCUGCAUGAAGUCAAACAUUUUGUGGUGGAUGUGCAGGCCUACCCACCUCCCAGGAUAUCCUGGCUCAAAGACAACCUGACUCUGAUCGAAAACCUCACAGAGAUCACCACUGACAUCGAAAAGAUUCAGGAAAUAAGGUAUCGAAGCAAAUUAAAGCUGAUCCGUGCUAAGGAAGAAGACAGUGGCCAUUAUACUAUUGUAGUUCAGAAUGAAGAUGACAUGAAGAGCUACACUUUUGAACUCUUAACUCAAGUUCCCUCAUCUAUUCUGGACUUGGUCGAUGACCACCAUGGCUCUACAGGGGGACAGACCGUGAGAUGCACAGCUGCGGGGACACCUCUUCCUGAUAUUGAGUGGAUGAUUUGCAAGGAUAUCAAGAAAUGUAAUAAUGAGACUUCAUGGACAGUUUUGGCCAGCAACAUCUCAAACAUCAUCACAGAGGUCCGCCCCUUGGACAGGAGUGUGGUGGAGGGCCAGGUGACAUUCGCCAAAGUGGAGGAGACCAUUGCCGUCCGAUGUCUGGCUAAGAAUCUCCUUGGGGUUGAGAACCGAGAACUGAAGCUGGUGGCCCCCACUCUGCGUUCCGAACUCACAGUGGCAGCUGCAGUCCUGGUGCUUUUGGUGAUUGUGAUAAUCUCACUGAUUGUCCUGGUUGUCAUUUGGAAACAGAAACCAAGGUAUGAAAUUCGCUGGAGAGUCAUUGAAUCAAUCAGCCCCGAUGGACAUGAAUAUAUUUAUGUGGACCCAAUGCAGUUGCCUUAUGACUCGAGAUGGGAGUUUCCCAGAGAUGGACUAGUGCUGGGUCGUAUACUGGGAUCUGGUGCAUUUGGGAAAGUGGUUGAAGGAACUGCGUAUGGAUUAAGCCGGUCCCAACCUGUCAUGAAAGUAGCAGUGAAGAUGCUUAAACCCACAGCCCGAUCCAGUGAAAAACAAGCUCUCAUGUCUGAACUGAAGAUAAUGACCCACCUGGGGCCGCAUUUAAACAUUGUAAACUUGCUGGGAGCCUGCACCAAGUCAGGCCCCAUUUACAUCAUCACUGAGUACUGUUUCUACGGGGAUUUGGUCAACUAUUUGCAUAAGAAUAGGGACAGCUUCCUGAGCCGCCACCCAGAGAAGCUAAAGAAAGAGCUGGACAUCUUUGGAUUAAACCCAGCUGAUGAAAGCACUCGGAGUUACGUUGUUUUAUCUUUUGAAAACAAUGGUGACUACAUGGAUAUGAAGCAAGCUGACACCACCCAGUAUGUCCCCAUGCUGGAAAGGAAAGAGGUUUCUAAAUAUUCGGACAUCCAGAGAUCGCUGUAUGACCGCCCAGCCUCAUAUAAGAAGAAAUCCAUGUUAGACUCAGAAGUCAAAAAUCUUCUUUCGGAUGACAGCUCGGAAGGCCUCACUUUGUUGGAUUUGUUGAGCUUCACCUAUCAAGUUGCUCGAGGAAUGGAGUUUUUGGCUUCCAAAAAUUGUGUCCACCGGGACCUGGCUGCUCGCAACGUCCUCCUGGCACAAGGGAAAAUCGUGAAGAUUUGUGACUUUGGCCUAGCCAGAGACAUCAUGCAUGAUUCAAACUAUGUGUCAAAAGGCAGCACCUUCCUGCCCGUGAAGUGGAUGGCUCCUGAGAGCAUCUUCGACAACCUCUACACCACGUUGAGCGACGUCUGGUCUUACGGCAUCCUGCUCUGGGAGAUCUUUUCCCUCGGUGGCACACCCUACCCUGGCAUGAUGGUGGAUUCUACUUUCUACAAUAAGAUCAAGAGUGGGUACCGGAUGGCCAAGCCUGACCAUGCCACCAGUGAAAUCUACGAGAUCAUGGUGAAAUGUUGGAACAGUGAGCCAGAGAAGAGACCCUCCUUUUACCAUCUGAGAGAGAUUGUGGAGAACCUGCUGCCUGGACAAUAUAAAAAGAGUUAUGAGAAGAUUCACCUGGAUUUCCUGAAGAGCGACCAUCCCGCUGUGGCUCGCAUGCGAGUGGAUGCUGACAAUGCCUACAUUGGUGUCACCUACAAAAAUGAGGAAGACAAGCUGAAGGACUGGGAGGGUGGCCUGGACGAGCAGAGGCUGAGUGCUGACAGUGGCUACAUCAUCCCUCUGCCUGACAUUGACCCUGUUCCGGAGGAGGAAGACCUGGGCAAGAGGAACAGACACAGCUCACAGACCUCCGAGGAGAGUGCCAUUGAGACAGGUUCCAGCAGCUCUACCUUCAUCAAGAGAGAGGAUGAGACCAUCGAGGACAUCGACAUGAUGGACGACAUUGGCAUAGACUCCUCAGACCUGGUGGAGGACAGCUUCCUUUAACUGGAGGGUGUGAGGGGUACCUUCCACUCCUGGAGCCACUGUGGAUCCUUUUAAGAAAACCACUUUAUUGCAAUGCAAAGUUUGAGAGGAGGACGUGGAUGAUGUGGAAUGAGAAGUUCCUGGCCAAGGGCAUCAGGGAGACUUCUCUGUAUGAGUGAAUGGGAUAUUUUGAAAUGAACUUCUUCAGCGUUGCCUCUUGCAAUGCUUCAGUAGCAUCUCAACGUGUGAAAUGUGGAGGUAGAUGGACAAGGAAGUAAUGGACCAUGGAAGAUGAACUUUGUGUUUCAAGGCAUUUGGUGUGAUUCCAACAUACGCAAUUUUUGUUGCAACAAAACUCCAGCAUUGUAAUUAUGUAAAUAACUCUAACCAAGGAUAUGUUUAGAUUUGCAUUAACUAUCUUCUCUGGACCUCUGAAGAGACUGACCACUCAACCCAUCCAUGUACUUCCCGCCUGAAACCUGGUGUCAGCUGCUGUUGAACUUUCUUGUGAAGUACAUGCAAAACCACUUUUGAGCCUUAAAAGGUACUGGUACUAUAGCAUUUAAUUUUUUUUUUUUUUUUUAGUGUUAAAG